AUGGAUAAAACUUUGCACAUUCUUCAGAAAUCUGCAGACGGCGUGCCGACUGGGAUUUCGUUGGAUGUGAGUUUAAACGUGGAUGAUGGGGAGGACUUCACGGAACAAUCAAUUGUGGGACUUUCGGACAAAAUACCUCUGGUGAAACCUUAUUUCAAAAAGAAGCAGAGGAAAAUAGACCCCAAAUGCCUUCACCGCGCCUUGGAGGAGCCCAUCCUGACCACUCUGCUCAGCGGCGACAUGCCGGGGGACGGCGUGUUUGUGCCGCGGAGUCAGGCUGGACGCACGCCGGGGAACCUGUGCGCGGCAGUUGCGGCCAAACAGAACUGUAUUGGCCCGGUGUGUGGACUUAAAGAAUCGCCGGCUUCAGACACCGCCUCUGCUGCCGGGACGGGAGAUGUGGAGAUGGCUGAUACUACUGCGGAGCUGGAGGAGACUGAGCGGAGAGGGGAGCGACCCAAGGCAAGCCUCAGGGCUGCGGGGACCACGGGAAAAAUAACGCCAGCCAGCAGGGAUGUACUUCCCAUUGUCGCACCACCGGCUACUCACCAGGAGGAAGCCAUCAAAAGCAAUGACCUCUUAACGCACACCAACACCACCCCUGCUAAAGACUGCACUAGCCUCCGGGACACCCUCCCCCCACUCCUGCAAGCCCAGCAGCUUGACAAAGGAGUGAUUUUUCAGGAUAAAAGUGAAGAGGCCUCCCUGGACUUGGUGUUUGAGCUGCUGACCCAGCUUCAGUAUCACACACACCAGUCAGACUCUGUGGACAUUUGUGUGGAUUUCCUCCAAGGACAAUGUGUGUACGGCAGUGACUGUGCCCACCACCACACGGUCCUGCCUUACCACUGGCAGAUCCGCAGAAGUGACACUCAGACGUGGCAAAGCAUAGCGGAUGAAUCCCAGGAACAGCUGGAGAGACUUUACUGCAACCCGGACAAUGACCAAGUCAGGCUCAAGUACCAGGGCUCCGUUUUUUCCCUGGACUUUGGAGCCAUGCGGGUUUGUGACCUAAAGUUUGACCGUGUCCGGCGUCUGACCACUCCCACGAAUCCACUCACCAUGCCCUCGCCGAACCCAAGCCCCACCCCUAGCUGUCACACAGUGUGGAAGUACUACUGCAGAGACAACUUUGGCUGGAGGGAAUACUCAGAGCCGGUGGUAAAGCUCAUAGAAAAGGCAACACUGAGGGGUCUCAAGGAGGUCCGAUUCAUCACGCUCCAGAACCAAUAUAUCCUAAACAUAAGGGAGGGCUUCCAGCAGAAUGCCAUGUUUGGGUUCAGGCGUCAGAUCAAGAAGCGGCCCAUGUUCAUGUCUUCGGUGAUGCUCGCACCCCACCUAGAGACUUUGGGUGGAACCUCUUCAACUUUACUGUCCAGCUCUUCCUCCUCUUCGUCAUCUCUCUCAUCGAUGGAUGUCAUGACGUCGCAUCCACUCUCCCCAACGACCGCCAACCCACCAAGCCUUUUCCCAGAGACGUGGUUGCCCAUGGCAGUGAACCAGGACUUCCUACAAGUGCCUGUGUCCCGCGACGACCGCAGCUACAGGACCGUGUACAGCUUGUUCCACAAAACGGUGGCUGAAACCAAGUUUAGGAUCAUUAAAAUACUUCGGGUGCAAAACCCCUUUCUUUGGGAGAAGUACAAAAGGAAGAAGGAGUACAUGUCCAGGCGUAUGACCGAGAUGGACCGGUUGCUGAGCGAGCGUCACCUCUUCCAUGGGACCUCGGCAGACGUGGUAGAAGGCAUCUGCAAGCACAACUUCGACCCACGUGUCUGCGGCAAACACGCUACCAUGUUUGGCCAGGGUUCCUACUUUGCCCGAAAGGCCGUUUACUCGCACAACUUCUCCAAGCGCUCACCCAAAGGAGUCCACUGCAUGUUCCUGGCCAAAGUGCUCACUGGCAGGUUUACCGUAGGAAACCCUUCAAUGCGGCGACCACCGCCCAUCAACCCCCGUGAUGCCUCCAGUGACCUGUAUGACUCCUGUGUGGACAACUGGGUGGACCCUCAGAUCUACGUCAUCUUCAAUGACGAUCAGAGCUACCCGUACUUCAUUAUUCAUUAUGAGGAGGUACCUAGCACUGUAGCCCUCUGA